CCCGUAGCAACCACCAAACCGCGCAUGCGUACUGGCUCGACGAGCGUUGCUAUGCACUCGUCUGAGAGCAGCCAAUCAGGUGCCCUUGUCCUGUCACCUAGGUUUGAAGUAGCGGAACGUGAGAGAGAAGUCUUUAUGUGUGGUUUGAAAAGACUCCAAGGCAUUUGUGCAAGAAGCCUGGAAGAGGAGACGAUGGCGCCUACGGCUGUACUCGUUCUCCUGGCAUCGCUGGUCGUCGUCGCGCAUGCACAUUCAGACGUCCUCACCAUGUCAGAAGAAUCCCGGAAUGACCCGGAAGAGCUUUACCCCGGGGACGCCUACGUCACUUCCUCCCUGCUUGAAGCUGUGAACCGUGUAGACAGGGUCAUCAACCACACCAAGAAGCUCCACGAGGAUCCAGACAGGGAGAUGACGCCGUUUGACUUCCUGGACCUGUUUCGGCAUAUGCACCCAGACGCACAGCGUGAGGCCCGGGCGGCAGAGAUUGUGGAGAAUACCAUUCAGCUGGUGGCCGAGAAAGUCAAGGCCCAUCAUAGGAGCAAGAGAAUGAUCGAAGACCUCCCUGCCAUCAGCGCAUUGAUCUCUCAGCAGCAGCUCAGCACCAUCGCCUCCCUCUCCGGCUGCGCACGCUCCGUGACCCGGGUCAACUGUUCCUCCAACUGCCUCUCCAGCAAGUACCGCACCAUCGACGGAUCCUGCAAUAACAGGGAGAAUCCGCUGUGGGGCUCUUCAAUGACGCCCUUUAAGCGUUUCCUGCCGCCGAUCUACGAGAAUCAGUGGAACGAGCCCGUGGGCUGGAACAAGUCUCGGGAGUAUAACGGAUUCAUCCUUCCCAGCGUCCGCCAUGUUUCCAACCGGCUCAUGACCACUGCACAAAACGUGGAGGAUCCUGACUACACCCACAUGCUGACUCAGUUUGGACAGUUCCUGGACCACGAUACAGAUCUAACCGCAACCGCUGUGGGGCGCACCAUGUUCACACCGAUGGGCACGGUUGGGUGUGGAAUGACCUGUGACAACAUCAUGCCGUGUUUCCCCAUCCCCAUUCCGGAUGACGACCCCCGCAUAGACAACGAACGGGAUAGGGCCUGCAUGCCAUUCACCCGCUCCAGCGCCGUGUGCGGGACGGGAGAGACGUCCACCCUCUUCAACACUGUCAUCGCUAGAGAGCAAAUCAACCAGAUCACCAGUUUCAUCGACGCCUCCAACGUCUACGGGUCGACCUUUGCGUUUGCACAGUCACUGCGAGACUUCAGUACCGAUGACGGUCUACUGCGCGUCCAGGAAGGAGCAGACAUCAGCUCAGGAAUGGACCUGCUUCCUUUCCAGAACGAGAUGGUGACCUCCUGCAAUCAGGAUCCGAACGGAGGGGACAUCGUCCCAUGCUUCCUUGCGGGCGACGGUAGGGUCAAUGAGGUCAACACGCUGAUCGCAUCACACACCAUCUGGGUCCGCGAGCACAACCGACUCGCCCGGGAGCUGAAGAGUAUCAAUCCGCACUGGGACGGAGAACAGAUCUACCAGGAGGCCCGUAAGAUCGUCGGCUCGGAGAUGCAGCACAUCACCUUCACCGAGUAUCUCCCCAAGAUCCUUGGCCAAAGAGGGAUGGACCAGAUGGGGGCAUACACCGGGUACAACCCAAACGUGAACCCCUCGACCCGGAACGAGUUCGCGACCGCCGCCUUCAGGUUCGGCCACGCCGCCAUUGGCGCAUUUGUCAGGCGUUUUGAUGAGAAUUACCAAGAGGCCGCGAUCGGGAACGUCGCCCUGAGUGACGCCUUCUUCUCACCGUGGCGCGUCUUCCGGGAGAGCGGUAUAGACCCGGUGAUCAGGGGGCUCAUCGGAGGGUUCGCCAAGCUGGUCACUCCUACAGACGUAUUGCACGAGGAACUGUCCCAGAACCUUUUCAAGCUGAGGAACCAGAUAGCGCUGGAUCUGGCCUCCCUGAACACUCAGCGCGGCCGUGACCACGGAAUCCCCUUCUACAACGACUGGAGAGUCUUCUGCAACCUCACUCGGGCAGCGUCCUUUGACGACCUGUCCGGUGAGAUCUCCAACUCAGACGUACGCGACGCACUGGCUGACGUAUAUGGUGACGUCAACAACAUUGACCUUUGGCCUGCGGCCCAGCUGGAGGAUCACGAGGACGGCGCGAGAGUUGGGCCGACGUUUAGAUGCAUGCUGGCGGAGCAGUUCAAGGAAAACCGCGAUGGGGACAGGUUUUGGUUCGAGAGUGACGGUGUUCUCACGGCGUCGCAGCGUACAGAAAUCAGACAGGUGACCUACGCACGCGUCAUCUGCGACACCACCGGCAUCACGCGGCUUCCACCUGACGUGUUCCGGCGGACUGACGUGGCUGACAUGGUGGCGUGUGAGGACAUCCCCGGGAUCAACCUGCAGUUCUGGGAGGAGAUCCCUGCAGACGAGCCUUGCGGUGAGCCAGCGGAAGUAGAGGACGCGUACGUGCAGAAGUGCGGCGCAAACUUCUCCGACACUCACAUCUACACGUGUGACCCCGGCUACGCCAUGUCAGGGGCUGCCGAGAUCCGUUGCCUCGGGGGAAGGGUGGACAACCCACCGCCAACAUGUUCAGAUAUCGACGAGUGCGCAAGGGGAGACUUGAACAACUGCCAAGAAAUGUGCGUCAACUCAGUCGGGUCCUUCAUGUGCGCAUGCCCAGAUGGCUUCAUGCUGAAUGACGAUGGAGUGAGCUGCUCAAUUGACACCUCCCUGAGCUUGGGCUGGAUCAUCGCGAUCCUGUUCAUCGUGCUGUUCUGUCUGGCCAUGUGUGCCAUGGUGUUCGUCCUGGUCAAGGGAUGGCACACUCACCACCAGAACCAGGAGAUCCAGCGCAUCAAACAGCUGAACGCCAAGCCUUUGGACCGCAACGGCGUCCACAACCAGUCCUUCAUCUCCGACAAGCAUGACAAGAAGUCCCUGACCGGAACUUCCUCUGGAGACUCCGGCGUGUUGGAGGAGGAUCUGGACUCCCUGCCAGGAGUCGUGAGCUAGACGUGCUGCCGAUGUGAGUACUCCGCGGAGAAGUGGUGCGACUCCACAGAGCUGAUGCUGCAGUAGCAAGCCUGGAAAGCCUUUCAGACACACAUAUCAGGCUUUUCCUGAUUAUUAACCCAGUUGUGUCGACGUACGCGUUUGAGUUUGAUUCAAGUGCUAUCCAAUUUUACCUUGCCAUUAGGAAGCCAUUCUUUCAAUGGUCGAUAAGAAUUGAUUUUGUAAAUAUUGUGUGCUUGUGUGUUUUUCACAGUUUUAGAGAAAUAAGUUUGUUCUGUGAAGUUUUAGAGAUCUAACGUUAUUAUUCAACCAAUAUGUAUUCUUUUUUCAUUUUCCUAAAAUAGGAGAGAUGUAAACAAGUUGUGAAGACAGAAACCUGUACGUAAUGAAUUGGUUUAAUAUAGACUAUAUUUUAAACACAUAGUGAUUUCUAUGAUAUGACUUUUUGUCCAUUUAUACUGUGUGACGUAUUGUUCAUUUGUGUGUUAAAAAGUUGUGUGUCCAUCUGAGCUCGUGGAGCUUUAAACACCAAAUUAUGUAGCAGGAUAUCGCACUCAUGCCUUGUAAUUUUCCAUGUUUGACAAGGCUACAAUCAUCAAAUAAAAGCGAAUGAAAGAAAUUCAGAUACUGCAAAAUUUAAUGUGGCAAAAUUUGGCAAUGAGGACCAUAUGAUUCCAUAAAAGAAAGUAUAAUUGUAAUUACAUAGAUUAUUUUUCUAAAUCGUAAAUUAUGUACACCGAAACUAUAAUCUUCCUUUCUCGUUUUUAUUGUUGAGAGUUUUACCCCAUAUACCACGUUAUUCAAAAUAAAGAAUAUGUGACAAUAGACGGCCAUGAGGAGCUGUCGGUAUGAAACUUGUAAAUAUACUUAUUAAUGUGUGAAAUAGUUAAUAUCUGUGUGACAAUUUGAAGUGGAACAAACCUCCGAUAGUGAAAUAUUGUGACUGAUAUUUUCAUUGUGUAGUUAAGCUUAUAUUAUCAUUAAAAUAACAUUUCAAAAACGUCAAACAAUUUGUGGCUGUACUAUUUUCUUUUUUUGAACUUGAUGUAAAAUUUUUGACCGGGCUAUUGAUUAUAAAGAACAUGUAUAUUU